GCUUAAAUCUGCACCAAAUGUUUUCAGAAAAGGGGAGACUUUAGAAAGCACAUGAUGAACAUUCUAAAACCACACACUAGAGGAAACGGCAUAGUUAAUGGCUCAGAUGCUAGUCAUGAUGUAGAUUUUGGACAACUAGAUAAUUUUAAAGGAAUGGCGGGGGGUAACCAGCAGUCUUCUUUGGUUGAGUGGUUGAAUGGUGUGCUUCCUCAUUUAAGUUUGCCCCUGGAUGCUUCAGAGGAGGAACUAAGAGCUUGCUUGCUGGAUGGCACUGUUUUCUGUAGCAUAUUGAACAAGCUGAAGCCUGAUUCUAUUGACAUGGGUGGUGCUGCAGAACCUGGUCCAGCUAACAUCAAGAGAUUUUUGAGAGCAAUGGAUGAAAUGGGGUUGCCCAGAUUUGAACUGUUGGACCUAGAGCAGGGUUAUAUGGUCCCAGUUUUACAAUGCCUUAGAGUCCUUCAAGCAUCAUUCAAUUGUAAUGGUGCUGAUAGCAACCAAAAUCCUUCAAGAAGGAGAUGGAAUCUUUCUGGGAUAGUUGAAGACAUCCAGUUGAAGCAAGGAUGUCAAAUCGAUAUUUCUGAUGCUGUGAUUUUAGAAUUAACCAAAUCAAACAGUUUAGAAAAUGCCUCAACUCAAUCACUGUGUAGUGUGGCAAACAAGAUUAUGGAUGAUAGUAUUGAAAGAAAGAAUGGGGACAUCCCUCAUCGUAUGGCAUGUCUUUUGAGAAAGAUUGUGCAAGUGAUAGAGUGGAGGAUUUCAACUCGUGCAGAGAACUUAAAAAAUCAAAAUAACCUUUAUAAGGAUCGUGAGGAGAAGUAUCAAUCAAGGAUGAAAGCACUUGAAACCCUUGCAAAGGGAACCAUGGAGGAAAACAAGGCUGUUAUGAAUCAGCUAGAACAGAUAAAGAUUGAGAAAACCAAAUUACAAGAGAAGGAAAAACUUGAAGAGCAAGAUGUGCUUAAACUAAAGAAAGAGAAGGCUCAGAGCGAUAUUGAGAUUUCUAAACUAAGGGAGGAACUAAAGGCAACCAAAAAGACACAUGAGGGACGUUGUUUGCAACUGGAAACACAGGCUGAGGAAACUAGGGUUCAGUUGGAGAGGAAGUUGAAAGAACUUGAGUCCCUUUUAAUGAAUUCACAGAAGAAGGUGAAAGAGCUUGAAUCAUUUUCUGAAUCUAAGUACAAGAGAUGGAAAAAUAGAGAGCGCAUUUAUAGGAGCUUCAUUGACCAACAAUUUGGAGCUUUAAAGGAAUUAAGGGAGGCUUCUGAAUCCAUCAAACAUGAUGUCCUCAAAACAAAAAGGAGAUACAUUGAGGAAUUUAGUUUCUUAGGGGUAAAGCUUAAAGGACUAGUAGAUGCUGCAGAAAAUUAUCACACUGUUCUUGCAGAAAAUCGGAAAUUGUACAAUGAGGUUCAGGACUUGAAAGGAAAUAUUAGAGUUUAUUGUCGGAUAAGGCCAUUCCUUCCGGGACAAAGUAAGAAGCAAACAACUAUGGAAUUUGUUGGUGAUAAUGGUGAAUUGGUUGUUGCAAAUCCCUCAAAACAAGGAAAGGACACUCAUAGACUCUUCAAGUUCAACAAGGUGUUUGGUCCAACAGCUAGCCAAGAGGAGGUAUUCUUAGACACUCAACCCUUAAUUCGAUCUGUCCUUGAUGGAUACAAUGUUUGCAUAUUUGCUUAUGGGCAAACUGGCUCUGGAAAAACUUACACAAUGAGUGGGCCUAAUUUAUCUUCAGAAGAAGACUGGGGGGUCAAUUGUAGAGCACUGAAUGAUCUUUUCCAAAUCUCUCAAAGGAGGAAAAACUCCAUCUUAUAUGAAGUUGGUGUUCAAAUGGUUGAGAUAUAUAACGAACAAGUUCGUGAUUUGCUUACUGGCGAUGCUGUCCCUGAGGCAAGCAUGCAUUCCGUAAGAUCAACUGCUGAUGUUCUGGAAUUGAUGAAUAUUGGAUUAAUGAAUAGAGCUGUAGGUGCUACGGCCCUCAAUGAGAGAAGCAGCAGAUCCCAUAGUGUUCUCACCGUUCAUGUUCGUGGCACAGACUUAAAGACUAAUUCUGUUCUACGUGGUAGUUUAAAUUUGGUAGAUCUUGCUGGCAGUGAGAGGGUGGAUCGUUCUGAAGCAACUGGGGAUAGGCUUAGGGAGGCACAACACAUAAAUAAGUCUCUGUCAGCACUUGGAGAUGUAAUCUUCGCUCUGGCGCAAAAGAGUACACAUGUGCCUUAUAGAAAUAGCAAGCUGACUCAAGUCCUCCAAAGUUCUUUGGGUGGUCAAGCAAAAACGCUGAUGUUUGUGCAACUAAAUCCUGAUGUGGAUUCAUAUUCAGAAACCAUAAGUACCUUGAAGUUUGCUGAGAGAGUUUCUGGUGUAGAGUUAGGUGCUGCAAAGAGUAACAAAGAAGGCAGAGAUAUUAGAGAACUCAUGGAACAGGUCUCUUCCCUCAAGGAAUCCAUCAUAAAGAAAGAUGAGGAGAUUGAGCAUCUGCAGAUGCUUAGUAAGGGUAAUGACAAUGGUAUUAAGUAUGGUAGGAGCUCGGUUAGGUAUGGCUCUUCCUCUCCAAGGAAUCAUACGUCUGGGACUCCUCGACAAAGCAGAAUCCAAUCCACAGGGAAAGGGUCUGGACAUUUUGAGAAAGCAGCCUCAGAUAUGGACAAUUGCUCAGCCUACAGUGAUAAGCAUUCUGAAGCUGGUUCUCCACAUUCAGUGGAUUACUCUAGGCCUCAGAAAGAGUUCUCACCUCAGUCAAACACUGCAGGAAAGGAUUUGGGUCAGAACUCUUUGGAAGACAUUGAGCUUUUGGGCUUUGGGGAUGCUGAUGAUGAUGAGAGAUUAAGUGAUAUAUCUGAUAGUGUUCUAUCAAUGGGUACAGAAACUGAUGGUUCAAUAUGCAGUGCUGUGGAGUUCACUCUUUUCCCUGAAGUGCCAAAAGUGGAUGACAGAGUGGAUAAAGUUGAGAAAGCAGAAAAAAUAGAGAAGGUUGAGAAAGCUAUGAAUAUUGGGAAAUCUAGUGUGGCAUCUAAAAUUCCAAAAUUGCCUCAAAAAUUGUUGCAAACAAAAUCUACGCAACCAUCAUUGGCUAGGAGCUCCACUUCAAAGGUUUCAUCAAGUUCCAGGAAAAUAUCUGCCGGCGGUUCUUCAACUAAACCAUCCAAACGAUGGCAGUGAACUGAAAUUUUUUUUGUUGGAUAGAAGUCUAGAAAAAAGUCACUCAGGUUUAGUUUGUAAUUAUAGAUUUAAUAUGCUUCUCACUCCACGAUUAUUCCUUUGGUUUCGGUCUGAAGAUGUGGAGGGCUAACAGUAAACUGUAAUGUUCACUUGUAAUUAUAUUCAAGGAUCAUCUUAUUUUAGCCAUUUCACUCCUGGACCUGGUGUUAAA